GGUUUCAAAUCAGUAAUCAAUUGACGAUCGCAGAGCUUGCAGCCAUUUUUCUGGUUCGUAAUCAUAAAAAUAUGUUUAAGUCUCCAUUACUCUUCGUGUUUCUCGCGGCUGGUUGUUUGAUGUUGCUUGCUUGCAAUGAUGUGGAAGCUGGAAAAAAAGGUACUCAAAAACCCGAAAAAACUCAGACUACUCAGAAAAGAUCAGUGCAAAAUCGACCCACCUCAACUGCCAGGCCAAAUAAACCUGCCCCGACUGCCAAGCUAAAUCGACCCACCACAACUGCCAAGGGAACGAAAAAUACUGGUUUUUUCGAUAAAGUUUUUGAGAAUGUUCAGCAUGGUCUCGUAGAAAUGUCUAGCAAGGCAAUAUUAAGCUCAGUCAAAGCUGCAAGCAAAAUAACAGGGGAAAAAAUCUUUCAAGGGAUACAUAAGUGUCCUGAUGGUACAAUUAGUAUAGGUCGUAAUUGUACAACCGCUGCAAAUAAUACUACCGUUGCGAAUAAUACUACCCCUGUGAUUAAUACUACCCCCGCGAUUAAUACUACAUCUGCGAUUAAUACUACCCUUGCUAAUAAUACUACGUCCGCAGCCGGAAAAGCAGAAUAGUUAAGAAGAAGAAAUAGAGAGAAAAAAAACUCCUAGACGAGUCGUCUUCUUCACGCACUUGUUACAAAAUGCACUAUAAUAAUCUUUUCUAAAUGUAUGCGUUAUUGUACCUUAUGCGAGUAAAAUGUCUUUUGCGAGCGACUCGAUCGCAAGUCGACGGAUGGCCUUAGGAAUCGAGCGACUAAGUGAAAGCUUCUUUGGCAUGUGUCUAUGCACAAGAGAGCAGCUACGACAUGCGAAACUUUUUUUAUGAACUAUUAAAGAAAAUUUUAAUUAAA